GGCAUUCUGUCUCGCGUUCGCCGAUUUCCUGGGAGUUAUUUCGUUUCUCGUUUGUGAUCAGGGUGAUAAAAGUCCCGAGUUUACCCGUUUCCGCGAAAUGCGAAUCUAAACGAGAAAAACCUCCGUUUCGUCCCGACUCGAAGCACCUCAAAACAACUGAAAAUUUAAUUAGCCACUCAAUUAAAAAAUGGCAGGAAUGAAGGGUUGGUUGCUCUAGCAUUUGCUGGAUCUAUAGGCAUGACAUUUAUUAUUCUUGCCUGUGGUCUACCAGAUUACAAGGUGUGGUGGCCGCUGAUUGUAGUGGUAUUUUACAUGUUCGCACCUCUACCAACAUUGUUAGCUAGGCGUUACACCGAAAGAACUGGGACUACCAAUUCAAGUAUGGAUCUAGCAAUAUUUAUAACAAUGGCAUUCGUCGUGUCAUCAUUCGCACUACCAGUAGUUCUGGCACGAGCAGAAGCGAUAAAAUGGGGAGCUUGCUAUCUCACGUUGGCCGGUAACGUCGUUGUAUACUUCACAAUUAUUGGGUUUUUCGUUACCUUGUACCAAGAAGAUAGUGAUUACAGCAUGUGGUGAAGAUCUUGGCGACUAUCUUAUAAUGCAUUAAAAAAAAAUUUGUCCUUAAAAAUAAUUUAUUUUUAAACUCCAAUUCCAUAAAUGAUGAUUCUGGUUAAUAUGCUAGUUUUGGUAAUAUAAACAUUUAUUUUCUUUUAUUGUUUUUUUAUUACGAACACUUAAAGACUUAGAAAAUUUUUAAAUAAUAAGUAUUUUUAACUUACGCCUUACAUUAAUUAUGUAUAUUUUGAUUACUGAUUUUUAAACAGUAUUACAGAGUCAUUAUUAUUAUUAUUAUUAAUUAUUGUAAAGAAUUUGAAACACGGGGUAAAUGCAAAGUGCUUUUGUUCAGAAACUUAAUUGCGUUUCUAAUAUCUGCUGAACCUGGUAUUUAUAGGUUUAAUUCAUCCUCUUUUAUAUUUUAUAAUUAGGCUACUAAAUAAAUUAUUCAACUUGUA